GAGGAAGAAGGCCACUGCGCAUGUGCCGAUGCCGCACGUUUUAGAAGUUGUUAGCUUUGAGACAAAAACAUGUUGAUAUGCUCAAUUAAGCAGUUUUAGGAUCUUUUUGUAUCUUAUGUUGUUGUCGAUGAAUUGUCUUAGCUUUGGACGUUUUGUAACUUAUUGAGCGUAAUUAUAAUCUUGAAUAUUUUUGUAUUUUAGCCAGAAAGCAUGGCAGCAGUGUUGGAGCUAGUCGCAGGGAGUUACGAACAAGUUGUUUGCGGUUACAGAGUGAAAAUUGGCGAUAAGGAUUGGGGGGCAGAGGCAGACUUCACCCAUCACGCUCACACAGCCUCCAUCUCGGCCGUGGCCUCCAGUGAACAGUUUGUUGUCACUGGGAGCAAAGAUGAAACCAUUCAACUGUACGACCUGAAGAAGAGAGUGGAGCAUGGGGCACUGCUGCAUCACAACGGUACAAUCACGUGUCUGGAGUUUUAUGGUUCGUCUCAUUUACUGAGUGGAGCUGAAGACGGACUCAUCUGUGUCUGGAGCACCAAGAAAUGGGAAUGUCUCAAGUCCAUCAAAGCUCACAAGGGCUCUGUCUUGUCCCUGUCUGUUCAUCCUUCGGGGAAACUUGCACUUUCGGUCGGCACAGACAAAACUCUCAGAACAUGGAAUCUCAUCACUGGACGCUCAGCCUUCAUCAAAAAUAUCAAACAAAAUGCACAUAUUGUCCUGUGGUCACCAGAGGGCGACAGAUACGUGGUUGCGAUAGACGAUAAAUUGGACAUUUUCGACACUCAAACAGCUUCAGUGACAGCAACCAUGGCCAACCCAAAAAGGAUUUUCUCUAUCAGUUUUAUAAAUAAUUCAGUCCUGGCUGUUGCAGGAGAUGAUGAAACUGUACGAUUGUGUGACCUUGAAAAACAGAAAUGGGUUUGUGAAUUCAAGGCUCAUGAAACAAGGGUAAAAGCAGUGGACAGUUUUAGUUGGGAGGAUUAUACUGUUAUGGUGACGGCUUCAAACGAUGGAUUCAUCAAAAUGUGGAAACUACAGCUGAAAGAGGUGCUAGAAUCUCCCACUCUUCUCGGGGAAGUGAAUACAUCGGCUCGACUCACCUGUUUAGCCGUUUGGAAACCAAAAUCACUGAAGAACAAAGAGGAAACUAAAGAUGAAGCUACAACAUCUAAAGUGCCCAGUGAUCUGCUGAGGCCGAAGAAAGUGCGAGUGAUGGAGGAGGUGAUUCUUGAAGAUGAGAGCAAACCACCCAAGAAGAAGAAGAAAAAAGGUUCUGCCAAAUAAAAUCAUCUGGUUAAAAUAAAGUUUAUUAUAAAACA